UGGCAUAAUUAUUUUCUUAGAUGGUAUAUUUGUUCUCUCUGUUUUUAAAGCAUUUUUUUUUUGUUUUUGUUUAAUCUUGCUCAUGUUCUUAUGAUCUUGUGGUUUCUCUAGUUUAUUAAUUACUCAUGAUACAAAAUGCAAUUUGAGUUUUUACUGCAUGUUCUGUUUGAUUGGAAAGGAAAUGUUAGAAAAUUAAAAAUAUUCAAAGACAGAAAAGAAGAAAAUUGAGAGUUUCUCUUGAUUUCCUGAACUGAGAAAGUUGCAAAAAAAGCUAUAGAGUAAGACAAAACAGUUUAUCAUGAUCUACUUUUCUGUAGUUCUUUUCUAUCAGAACUGAUACACAAAGUAUGGGCCUGUACUGGUAACUGACCUGUAUACUAUAUACCAUGGUAUGUACCAACAUAAGGUAUCAGCCAGCACCACAGGCACCCUAGAUCAGUAUGAGUGGUAUGGGGCUGGUUUGGGCAAUACAGACUAAAUGGCAUGCCUUGUACUGACAAUUACAGGAAAUCUGCAGUAUCAUGAUGUAUGCUGUAUAGUGUAUUGCAUGGUUUCAAAAACUGCUAGAACAAGUAAGCACGACCAAUAUCUGACCAUUUCGGUCUGAAACCAGCAUUAGUAGGGGUGUCGAGAUGCCGAAACCCUGUGUACUGGUUUGUAUCAACCAUAUCGAUUUGUAUCAGUCCAUACUUGUGUGUUUUGGUGCAUAUUGAUGGUACCGUACCAGUGCGUGUUGGUAAUUUUUCAUUUUUUUGGAAUCUAGUAGCUUCGGUAUGUAUUGUAGGUACCAGUAGUGUAUUGUUUUGAUGGAAAAACAGUGUGGGGUUCAGUAUGGGUCUUUAAAACCUCGAUGUAUUGCUGACGUAGAACUGGAGAAGAGGAGAUAGAGAGAGAAGAAGAAUAAGAGUAAGAUGGGAGAAAAGAGAUGAAGGAUGAGAGGGAGAGAAAGUAGAGCAACUCAAUAAGCUGUAUUCUCAACAAUACAAUCCAAGGAAUGCCGUACCGGCCCAUACCGGCUGGUACGUACCGGUCCGGUCCUUGACCGGUACCGGAAACAGAUGAAAACCAGUAUUUUCCGGUUUUCUUCUGUGAACCGGCCGGUACGGAGCCCAUACCGGCCGGUACCGCUUGGCACCGGCCUCGUACCGGUGCGAACCGGCCGGUUCGCACCGGUACGGUGUUUUUUUGGGGGGGGGACCACAGCGCCUCGCGCGGUGGUUUUUAAAACCACCGCGUGGCGCGUGGUUUCAAAAACCACGCGCCACGCGUGGUUUCAAGGAAGAAGUGGCCCACGGGCCACUUCUUUCAAAAAAAAAAAAGCCGGUUUUUUUUUUGUGGGAACCACAGCGCGUGGCGCUGUGGUUUUUAAACCACCGCGUGGCGCGUGGUUUUAAGGAAGAAGUGGCCCACGGGCCACUUCUUUCAAAUAAAAAAAAAACCAAGGUUUUUUUUUUUGGGGGGAACCACAGCGCCACGCGCUGUAGUUUUUAAACCACCGCGUGGCGCGUGGUUUUUAAAACCAUGCACCCGCGCGUGGUUUUAAGGAAGAAGCGGUCGUGGGCCACUUCUUUCAAAUAAUAAAAAAAAAAAAGCUGUGGCCUCCGGCCACUCCUUCCCAUCAAAAAAACAAGAAGUGGCCGAGAGGCCACUUCUUUUCUGAUGACAGCACCCUCGCUCGUUCGGUUAUAAAAAUCGAACGAGAGGCGUUGUUAAUAAAAAAUUCAGGAAUGAGCCUCUGAAGAAUAAUUAGAGACGGGAAGAUUUGAGAGAUAGCCCACAAAUUGAGGAGGAGGUCCUGCCCAAAAAAUCCAGCGCAGACUAUUUAAGGUGCGGUUUUUUUGUCCUAUGUUAUUUCAUUAAUUUUGUUAAUAAUUUAUUUAAAAAAAUAAUUUAUAAAUUACUUAAAUAAUAAGAUAAUGAAAAAAUUUACUUUAUUAGCUUAAUUUUUUGAUAAGUUGUCCUUUUAUGAUAGAAAUGGAGCCAUCAAGAAAAAUGAACCUUGCAAAACGUGAUAUUGGCUGGUCUUAUGGGCGAAGACUUGGAAGUGAGGGGCAAAGACACCAGUUUCAAUGCAAAUUUUGCGACAAGGUUUUCAAGGGAGGAGGGGUAACCAGGUUGAAGCAACACUUAGCCGAAAAUUCCGGUGAGGUUGCUACGUGCCCAAAUUGUCCUAGCGAGAUUCGUGUGCUGAUGAGGCAGAAUUUCGCUGAGGCUAAAGAAGCGAAGGAGAUGGCUUCCAAGAAGAGGGUGGAGGUCGAUCGCCAAGCGGCAGAGCCACCUUCUUAUCACUCUAGAGAGCCAGAGGAGGUCGAGAAUCUAGAUGAGGAGGAGGCAGAUAUUCAGGCGGUAAUGCAUGCAAGCCUGGAUGAUCAGUGGCAGCAGGAGGAGGUGGCCAGGCAUAGGGCUCGAUUUGGGCCCUCUGUAUACGAGUCAGGCGGCGGUUCUAGGAACACUAGACAAGAUCCAGAGUUCUUGAGGACAACUUCAGUCAAGGAGGGCGUCGGCAAAGAACGUGGCCGGAUUGCAUCUAUGCUGGGUAGUUUUGGUAGCCGAAAGAAGUCAUCUAGAGAAAUUCCACAAGGAGCGACAAUUCAUGAUGUAGAUCCGCAUGCUCUCCCCAGUAGAGAUUCAAGGCAGCAGAGGGUAGACACAAUGUGGAUGAAGGAUAAGAAGAAAACUAUGUGGCGAGCUAUUGGAUCCUGGUUUCACUUCAGCCACAUCCCAGCGAAUGUGGCAGACAAUACAUACUACAGGUCUGCCAUUGCUGCCAUACAAGCUGCCGGUCCCGGUGUAGCUCUUCCAGGCCCGAAGGACAUAUACGGUGAGCUUCUUGACAACAAUAAGGAGGAGCUGGAGAAUUGGAUUGACUCCUACAAGAGCAAGUGGCCCAUAUAUGGACUAACCAUCAUGUGCGAUGGUUGGACCGGUCCGACCAGGCGGAGCAUCAUCAACUUCCUGACAUACUGUGAUGCUAAGACCUUCUUCCACAAGUCGAUUAAUGCUUCGGCUUAUAUGCACAACACCUCGUACAUGCUGAAACUUAUGGAGGAUGUGAUUGAUCUGGUAGGAGAGGAGAAUGUCGUGCAGGUCGUCACUGAUAAUGGGCCGCAAUAUAAGGCUGCCGGGCAGGUCUUGAUGGAGCGGCAGCCACAUAUUUUCUGGACCCCAUGUGCUGCACAUUGUAUCGAUCUUAUGUUGAUGGACAUUAGAAAGAUCCGUAGGGUGCAACAAACGGUGGAGACAGCCCAACGCAUUACCAGGUAUAUUUAUAACCAUAACUGGGUCCUUUCAUUGAUGAGAAAGUAUGCAGGGGGAGAGAUUCUGAGACCAGGAGUCACACGGUUUGCUACCAACUUCAUCGCACUUGAUAGCAUACUCAAGAAGAGAGGAGCCCUACGUCAGAUGUUUGCCAGUUCCGAGUGGUAUGAUAGUAGAUAUUCUUAUGCCGGCACUGAAGGGAGCAAGAUAGAAGACUUGAUGACGAGACAGCCAUUCUGGCAGCGGGCUACUACAAUAGUCAAAGCUAUCAAACCAUUAUAUGAAGUGCUGCGGGCUGUAGAUAGCGAGAUCUGUCCCCAGAUGGGGUUUUUGUAUCACAUGAUGGUCAAGGCAAAGGAUCAGAUUAUGGAGGCAGAUCCAGCACAUGGCCGGUCAUACAUCAACAUCAUUGAGCAACGGUGGAGAGCGCAAAUGGGUACAGAAUUACAUCUAGCAGCAUACUGCCUAAACCCCCGGUUUCAGUAUAGCAUAGAUGGAAUUGGUAUGGAUGAAACACUUCUGGAUGCUUUGCGUAAUGUGAUUUACAAGAUGGAGGCAGAUCCAGAAAAAGCGGCCCUAUGUCUUGAAGAGGUAAUUAUGAUUUAGUAAUUACCAGC